UAUAUAAACCUGUUAUCUGCCGAGAUAAGUCAAACCCCAUCAAGCAUCUUGAAAAUCCGUUCGAAAUGAAAUUUCUUCUGGUUCUGGCCUGCUUUGUCCUUUAUGUGUCCCUCACAUGUGCCCAGAAUAGCUGCGUCGGUCGUCCUAGUGGCCAACUGAACUGCCUCGGGGGUAAGCAUGAAGGACGCGGAGGACGCCAAUGCCGAAGCAGUGCAAUGGACGAAAUGUGGUACUGGGACCAGAGAUCCAGGAGGUGCAUGAAGAUGAAGUAUCUUGGAUGUGGCGGCAACCAAAACCGCUACUGCUCCCUGAGGCACUGUCAAAGGUCGUGUCCCUAAACUCGUAUAUUUGUAAUAUUUUUACCCUGUUUGAUAAUACGUCUUUGCUUCAGUUUUAUCCAAUGUAAUAUGUUAAACAAUAAGAUUAUAAUAAACAAUUAAUUACUCUCUAAAAAAA